AUGGGAGCAAAGAACUCGAGGGAAGGGAGCUGGAGAUCUGAUUCCUCUGUAAGGUCUGCGGCGGCAUCUUCAUGGGAUUACGUUCAACAACCUUAUUAUGGGCAGCCGUAUGGUCAAGACGGCUAUGGAUAUGUCUAUCCGCCACCCCAGCAACCUCCCACACAGCCGAACUAUCCUCCACCGGCUCAAGUGGGAGGUGGUGAUAGAAGGCGGCUUGAUAGAAAGUAUUCGAUAAUUGCCGACGACUAUAAAUCCUUGGACCAGGUGACUGAAGCUCUUGCACGUGCUGGACUUGAAUCAUCAAAUCUCAUUGUUGGAAUUGACUUCACGAAGAGCAACGAGUGGACAGGUGCAAAGUCUUACAACAGAAAAAGUUUGCAUCACAUUGGAGAUACCUUGAAUCCCUAUGAGCAAGCAAUUUCUAUUAUUGGGAAGACUUUAGCUGCCUUUGAUGAGGACAACUUGAUUCCCUGCUACGGAUUUGGAGACGCUACGACACACGAUCAGGAUGUCUUCAGUUUCUAUCAGUAUGAGAGGUUCUGUAAUGGAUUUGAAGAAGUUUUAAGCCGAUACAGAGAAAUUGUUCCAAGCCUGAGACUUGCAGGUCCGACUUCAUUUGCACCUGUCAUUGAGAAGGCAAUGACUAUUGUUGAGGAGAGUGGUGGCCAGUAUCAUGUAUUAUUGAUAAUAGCAGAUGGGCAGGUUACUAGAAGUGUUGACACUGAGCAUGGGCGGCUAAGUCCACAGGAGCAGAAGACAGUUGAUGCCAUUGUACAAGCCAGCAAGCUUCCCUUGUCUAUUGUUUUGGUAGGGGUUGGGGAUGGCCCAUGGGACACGAUGAAGGAGUUUGAUGAUAACAUCCCUGCUAGAGAGUUUGAUAAUUUCCAGUUUGUAAAUUUCACGGAGAUUAUGUUGAAGAACGUGGACCAAUCCCGCAAGGAGACACAGUUUGCACUCUCUGCUCUCAUGGAAAUUCCUCCUCAAUACAAGGCAACGAUGGAGCUUGGUUUAUUGGGGUAACGGCUCAGCUACUUCUUUGCUUCUCUGUUUGUCAGGAUUAAUUCUUAUCUUCCUAUAUAUGAGCUUCUUCCUUCCUUUUGUCCGCUCGGGCAUACAUGAGUUUAUUUUGAGUUAAAGAUCACGACUUCAUGGACUGAGUUGGGAAAGCCUCUACCGGGAUCCCCUCAAUGAGACACCUGUAAAGAUAUAAUUGAUGCCCCUCCAUGCCUUCCUCCAGACAUCUUUCUUUCAUCUAUUAUUUUCUGUACUAAAUUCUUUUUCUUUCAAAUCUGCAGUCGUAGAAAGGGAAAUAUUCCUCAGAGGGUUGCACUCCCACCUCCUGUCUAUGGGUCCUCAUCCUUUAGUAACUCCAAAUCUUUCCAGUCUACUACCAGCUCCAAAUCUUUCCAGCCUACUACCAGCUUUAAUCCUACUGUACCGGUUUAUGAACCAGACACCCAUCCGAUCAGCUCAGCACCGCCAGUCACAAGUUCAACCUACGAAAACCAGCUUUGCCCUAUCUGCCUCAGCAACGCGAAGGACCUGGCAUUCGGCUGUGGGCACCAAACAUGUCGCGAGUGUGGCGAAAACGCAAACCUUCAACUGUGCCCUAUCUGCCGGACUCCAAUCAGCACAAGGAUAAAGCUCUAUUAAACCGUGGGACGAAGGAUGAAGGGUUUGCCUGCCUUUUGUAACUAAUGUGUGGCUUUCUCCAGUAAUACUACAAUUCGUUUAUUCAAUGUUAUUAUUUUGGAUCUGCUGGUUUCAGUUGUAGGCUUGAAAUUUGUACAUACAGAAAUGGAAAACCAUUUUUCUCCAGUUUCAAGAUCUCUAACGCCCAAUUUGGUUCCCCUUCUUAUGAGUACUAUUUUCUGAAUGAAUAUAAACAGAUAGAAGCUUAAAAACCAGCGAGAGAGCAGG